AGUAUGAGAAACUUCGCAAUAAAGGUAUUGACCAUUUUGAGUUGUUGGAUGAGCUUCUCCACAACUCUAUGGCGACCGGUGCCUUUGCACAACCCGGUACCUUUGGUGCAGCCACUUCCGAUGAAGAGCGAGCCAUGGUUGGGCCGCUAAAGUCCAUUCGGGGGGACAAUAGCAUGUAUACUGACUCGCGAAAGCGAAAAUCUGACGGGAGUGGUGCGAGUGUUUCGAAACACGUUAGGGGUGAACAAAUACAUGCUUAUGAGAGCGUGGCACUUGCUAAUGAAAGAAAGGCAGGGUACUACGAGGCUUUAACUAUUAACCGUCAACAAUCUGGAAUCCCACAAUUCACCAGAAAAGAAACCAUUGCUGCUUUGGAUGACAUUCAGGGGAUUGUUGGGGAUACACAAUACUGGAAGGCAUAUGGCCUUAUGAUGGGUCCUGAAGGACCUUCUUGGAGGGAAGGGUACAUGCAACUCAAGCCGCAUAAUAGGAUUGGUUGGGUGGGACAGCUGGAUUGACCGAUUAGGAAGGAUAGACAAUUAGGUGGUUGUGUAAGAAGGCCAUUAGUGGCCAAUUUUUUUUUUUUUUGUUUAACUUCUAAUAUUGUUCGUGUUAUGGAACACAUUUAGUUUGUUGAAUUCUACUCCAUGUUAUUUAGUUAUGUUGUUGGAAUAUGUUCUGCCUUCAUAUGACUAAAGGCCUUUACCAUUUGUUGCUUCAUGUUGGUUUGUAGUUUUAUAUGUUUUACUAUUGCAUAAUGCAGUUGUUGGUCUAUUGGUAAAACAUCAUAGUUUGGAAAGUGUUAUUAUGUGGUUCAUCAUGAUCACUUUCCUUUUGGCCAUGCAAAUGGUAAAGAUACCAUCCUUUCAUUUGAUAUGUUAUGGUAAUAUUAUUGGCUUCAUAACAGCGUGCCUUCAUUUGUAGUUAUUUCUGUUAAUUUGGAGAGUUAGAGCAACAAACAAGACAACUAUUUUCACCCCACUGUAUUGUCCUCUCUAAAAAGGUGAGUAGAGUGCUAAAAAUCUGUACUUUUCUAUAUUCCUAACAAUGUUAUCUAUAUAUGGUAUUCGAGAAGUGCCGCAAUCUUAAUUUCAACGCUAUCAAAUUAAAAUAUUACAUUUUAAAUACCUCGAAUACAUUUGCAUGAGUAUCGGAGGAGAUACGUAUGCCAGUAAGGAUACGACUCCUAAAUAGAGCCAGGAAAAACAAUGCAGUGCAUUCUUUUUUUGCCUAUAUAAUUUCAACGAAAGAACAAAGAAUCAGGAAAUUUCUUGGAAUCUUGAUGAGGUUCUUCUAUUCUCUUGUGAUGCUGACAUGAGGAGGAAGAAGCGAAGUUCGUUUUCCAAUUCAUUGUACUGCAAGCUGUACUUUAUCAUGCCUGCUAAAAGGAAGAUUUGCAUGAUGAAGAAGUCAAAUUUUAGUGAGAUUUUGGUUUAUCUUAGCACUUGUUUAGGACACGGAAAUGCCGCGGUUAAAAGUUUGAGAAAAAGAUGUGCAGAAGAAGGUCAAUAAACACAUGAAUGUUUUGUGCAUUUUAUAAUCAAACUACCCAGUAAAUUUGCUUCCUGGUUUGUCUUUUGUAUAAUGAGUGAUAUUGUUGUGCCCACUAACUAGUGUUCACUUUGCAUUUUAGUUUUGAAUGCAGUACACUUGAAAUUACGUAUCUUUACAAUCCGCAAUCUCUUUUAUGCUAGUGCUUGUCGUACAAAUCUCUUUUUCAACACCAGAUUUAUUGGGAAGAAAUGUUUCAGGUGAUCGUACGAGUGGUAUGUUUAUGGGUCCUUUCUGGAUUCUUUAAGUAGCUAACUGUCACUUAAGAGAAUGUCUCAUGCAGUAUUUAUUCGUACCAUGCAUGUUAUUUUGUAGCUGUUAGUAGAAUGUCUACACAUACAUACAUACAUAAGAUAAAGUAUAAGAAACUGCAUUGAGGAAAAACCACACAAAACUGCACUAUGCCAAAAAAUUCCUUGCUAAAUGUUAUGUCAUACUACCUUGGUAUAUGUGUUUGAACUGUUAUAUUUAACAAAAUUUGCCUUGGAGAGUAGUAAUGCAUUUAUCUAACUAUU